GAGCGAAGACACAAGAAAAACUGCAGACAGAAACAAAACAAACUCAGAGGCGGAGUGCAUGAAGAGGUGGGAUGGUGCUCCAGACGAGCUGCACAUGUGAGCCCAGAGGCCACCGGUAGCGCUUCUUUUUAUUCUUAAUUCAAAGCGCAGAGAGUAAGAGGAGAGGACGCAGUUAGAGAGAGAGAAAAAAGUUCUCUGGCACAAGUGUCCUGUCACCUCGGGGAGAUGUUCUUUUCGCCGGUGUUUAGCUGGCUCCUCCUGGGCGGUCUGCUGCAAACAGUGGCACCCUGGGGCGCAGGGCGUACUGGCAGACCAACGCAGUGCGACCCACCAAAGUCGCAAAGCGAGCUGAACUCUUUCCUCUGGAGAGUAAACCGCACACCUCCUCAGCCACCCUCUUACUUGUUUGGUACCAUCCACGUGCCCUACACUCGAGUCUGGGACUACAUCCCCAACAGCUCCAAGCAAGCCUUCCGAAGCAGCAGUAACGUGUUCUUUGAGCUGGAUCUCACAGAUCCUCUGACUAUCUCCAAGCUGACCAGCUGCCAGCUGCUCCCCCAUGGAGAGAACCUGCAGACCCUUCUGCCUCGAGACCUGUACCGUCGCCUCAAGCGCCACCUGGACUAUGUCAAACACAUGAUGCCCUACUGGAUGACGGCAGACCAGAGAGGCCGUGGCCUGUAUGCUGACUAUCUGUUCAAAGCUAUUGCAGGGAACUGGGAGAGGAAGAGGCCUGUGUGGGUGAUGUUGAUGGUUAACUCCCUGACAGAGUGGGACGUCCGGUCCAGAGGGACUCCAGUGUUAGACUUGUUCUUGGCUCAAGAGGCAGAACGAAUGGGGAAGAAGACAGGGGCGGUGGAGCGGGUUGAGGAGCAGUGUCACCCCCUUAAUGGGCUAAACUUCUCUCAGGUAUUGUUUGCAUUGAACCAGACACUGCUGCAGCAUGAGGGUGUCCGAGCAGGCAGCCUGCAAGGAUCUUACACCACGGAAGAUCUCAUCACACAUUACAACUGUGGGGAUCUCAACUCUAUCAUCUUUAACCAUGACACCUCACAGCUGCCUCACUUCAUCAACAGCUCUCUGCCAGCACAUGACCGGAUCACCGCCAUGCAAAUUGACAGCUACUUCCGCCAGGAACUUAUCUACAAACGUAACGAACGAAUGGCUCGACGUGUCUCUGCACUGCUGCAGAGGAAUCCCAACCAGACUUUCUUUUUUGCUUUUGGUGCAGGUCACUUCCUUGGGAACCACAGUGUGCUGGACAUACUCAGGCAUGAGGGCUAUGAAAUUGUCCACCUGCCCUCCGACCAUCAAGAGCAAGUUACAGAGAUUAAACAAGAUCCAGAGCUGCCUGUAGCAGGGUCUGUUGAGGAGCUUUUCGAUACCAGCACACUCACUCCCACCAGCUUGCCAGCCAGUCUGGAGGAAGAGAUCGAAGACCCAGAUGAUGUGCCUGGCCUUGAAGAGGUGGAGCUGCCUCAUAUGCUUCUCCCCGACAGCCUGAAUCAGCUGGAGGAGUUUGGGCGACACAAACGGCCCUACAAAGCUCGCAGUGGCCAUGGGAGGCCCCGACUUUUCAGCGACCUGUGGGUUCGCAUUGGGGAUAGCACACCGCCAUCUAAUGUGAGAAUAAUUAACGGGUAUAUGACAGUGGAGCCUCCGCUGACCCAUCAAGAACAGCGCGGACAGUUGGAGAUCUACUCCACAGAUCGACACGCUGACUCCUCUUCACCCAUGCCACGCAGCCUCAGCUCAGCCCAGUCGGCUCACACAUCCCUCAUCUUGUCUUGUAUUUUAGCCUGGUCUUUUUCACACAUGCUGCUCACCUCCUGACCACAAAACAGAGUUAUCUCACAGACAGACAUUUAAAAUGCUACUACAUCCAUACCAGAGCACAGGAAUGUACCUGAUAAGGGGGAACAAGGGUGGCCAUCAUCAGCACUGCAGACAUGAUGGAGAGAAGUUUCAGCCAGGGCAACGGGUCUUCAGAAGGAACACUCCUGCUGUCAGCCUCCUCCACACAGAGACAUCAUGUCUGGCCUGUUGGAAGUGUUUAGUGGCCCACCAAGUGUCCAAGUAUGAGGAAUAGACUAUUAACAGUGGCAUAAUCAAUAAAUGGGCCAUGGAAGAAGGUCUCCAAGCCUCUUGAAUUAUUAGAAUAACAAACACAUAGAACAGUGAAUUUUUUUAAAGAUUUGGAGUCUUCGACCUAAUGACGUUGUAACAUUGUGUAGAAAAGUUUUACUUUAAAAAUGAGAUCUGAACAUCUUAAUGACAGUUAUAACUGUGAUAAAUGACUUCAUUGCAUACAGUGUUGUGCAUGAGGUGUCACUUGUAAAUUGUGAAUUUGUUCAUAAAGAAAAUUUGUAUUGUAUUUAUUAAUUCUGAAAAAACAGAGUAUAUUUUCUUGCUAGUUGAUAAAUAGAAAAAACAAAUUAAAAAAAACUAAUGAACUAUGCUGUGAGUUCUUCUUUUCAGUGAAUAUACAAAUUGUGGAAGGGAAUUAUAAGAUAAACAAAUAAACCAAUGCCUAUUUCCAAAAUGAAGCCUAAACAAAAAAUAAAUGCCUCCUGAUUAUUUUUUUUGUAUAGAUUUAUGACAUUUCAAAUAUUUUUAAAUGCAAUAUUAUUUACUGAAGAAGGGACUGAGAGCUUUUGCAGGUUUGUAAAGUGGAAAGGGAAGAUUUUGCAACAGGUAGUCUCAAUCUGCCAUCUGCUGGUUAAGUUAAGACAAGCAUUGAAAUUUGAAGCGACUCUUCUCAAAUUUGCCCUUCCCACAAAUACUGCUGUACUAAAUCAGUAAUGGAAAGAGACGUGCUUUCAAAAGGUAAACUGACUUGAAGAAACAGCAGUGUGUUGUCAUGAAAUACAGGAGAAGAUUGUUUUUACCUGCAUUUCAGCUCUGUAUUACUUACUUUCUGUUGCCUAUUGAAAAUGUUUUCAUGACUAAGCUUUGUUUUAAUAAAAAUAAAGCAUACUUGC